CUGCACCAGUAAAACCCGGACAACUGAAAGGAGUUUAUAGUUACUCUGGAGAUACUUGGUACCCUGUAUGACGGAAUCAGACUGAGCGGCCAACUCAAGAUCUUUGUGUGUGAUGAGAUUGAAUGUAUGGUAGAGUGUUAUGUCACUAGUGAUUGCACUGGGGAGCUGCUCUCAGUGAGAGGAUCAGCCACAGCGAGACAGUGCUGCACUGGGUCUGAUGUGUCUCAGUCUUACAAACCAAUGGAUGGCAGUUGCCAGCCAUGCAUCGGUGAGAACUAAACCACAUUUUUGUACUAAGCUUGUUCUGUGUAAUCACCACACUUGCUACUUCACAGUAAGGUUGGAUUUCAUGUUCUAUAA